AAAAAAGAUGAGCUCCUAUUUUGUCAACUCACUCUUCUCCAAAUACAAAAGUGGAGAGUCGUUACGUCCCAAUUAUUACGAGUGUGGGUUUGCGCAGGACCUGGGGACUAGACCCACCGUCGUGUACGGUCCAGGCACCGGGGCAACUUUCCAGCAUGCGCCACAGAUCCAGGAGUUUUACCACCACGGCGCGUCCACGCUCUCCGCUGCUCCUUACCAGCAAAGUCCGUGCGCUGUGACUUGUCACGGCGAGCCGGGAAACUUCUACGGCUACGAUGCUCUGCAAAGGCAAACUCUCUUCGGCGCUCAGGACGCCGACUUGGUCCAGUACAGCGACUGUAAAUUAGCCGCGGGAGGCAUCGGCGACGAAACGGACAACACGGAGCAGAGUCCGUCCCCCACACAGCUGUUCCCCUGGAUGCGACCGCAAGUAGCUGCCGGACGCAGGCGAGGCCGCCAGACCUACAGCCGCUACCAGACACUUGAGCUGGAGAAGGAGUUCCUCUUCAACCCCUACCUGACUCGCAAGCGGCGCAUCGAGGUGUCGCACGCCUUAGGACUGACCGAGCGGCAGGUCAAAAUCUGGUUCCAAAACCGCCGCAUGAAAUGGAAAAAGGAGAACAACAAGGACAAGUUCCCCAGCAGUAAGUCAGAACAGGAGGCGAUUGAGAAGGAGAAGCGGGAGAAGGAGCAGGCGGCUGGAGCCCAGUCGGCAAGUGAAGACUGCGAGAAGGCUAAACAAAUAUAGAGUGGACGUGAAGGGAGGGCAGACAGCAAUCAGGAGCGCGAAAUUAAAAAAAAGUAUAUUUAAAAAAGAGAGACGUUGAAAAGGCGGAGAGUGGUUUUGUCGAAUAGACACUUCAGUCUACGACGGGUCAUUACAUGUUUCAAUCGAUGGAGGGAAAGAUGGUGGCGGAAAAGGACCCUAAAUCUAAUGUGUGACCACCGAACUUUAUGAUGACGAACGACAUGAAGCAUUUCUACGUUUUGUUUUUGUUUUUCUCUAAUGUUCAGAGAGUAGGCCUAUUGUAAACUAGCCUCCUUUCUUCGUGGAAUAAUUAUUGUGAAAACUCAGUUUCUAUUGUUAGGAUUUUGACAUUAACAAUUACCUUGGCAGCUGUAUAGUUCUUAAGUUAAAUGGUGCACUUUUAACUGUUCUCACUUAUAUGUUAUGAUGAUGACGUAGCGAUUAAUGACUUCCAACAACAUGAAACUGCCUAUUUAUGCCGUAGAAUAUCUUUUUACACCCCUUUAGUUUUCUCUCAGAUUGAUGGUAUUUUGUUGUCUUCCUUUCUUGGGUUAAGCAUGCGCACAGUGGAUAAAAAUAAAUAAAAAAGGAAAUAAAAAAAGAUGUCAUGUGACCCAUUGUUUACUGUGAAACAGAUUUUUUGUACUGUACUCGUGAAUUGGUUCUUGGGAACUUGACGAUAUGCUUUCAUUGUUCUUCAUCACUUUGUUCUCUUGUCUAAACCUGGAAGAAGACGAAAAAAAGUGGGCACAAUAAAGUUUACAAGCGAGAA